AUGACCGCUGUCCUUCAGCCUUCGGAUGCGCUGAGAAAGGACAGAAUGGCAUCCUUUGACGACAAUGUAGUCUCCUACUCCAGCUCCUCCACUGACUGGAAGACAAAGUACUUGGAAGUCGCUGAUAUGCUUGCCGAAACUCGAGCAGAGUUGGAUGACUUCCAUCAUUCCAGCAAGGAACUAGAGGAGGAAUUGGAGCGAGAGCUUGAGCGAACGGAGAAAGCCCAGCAGGACUUGAAGGUGAAGGUUGCUAGAGCUGAACAGGAGAGGGACGAAUGGAAGUCCAAGUUUAUGUCCUUGCAAACGACGCACAACACGACUACUACUUCGCUACAACGUGAACUCGAUACUCUGCGGGCAGACCAUCAGAAAAUCAGGAUCCAACUUCGUGAGUUAGAGAUGGGCAAUGACGAUCUAGAGCGGAAUGAGCGAGCAAUCUCAUCAAGUUUGGCCGACGUCGAAGGCAAGUAUGCACGAGCAUUAGAAGAGAAGAUCCUACUUGAACACGAACUCCUGGACAAGGCUAAUGUCGAGGAAGAAAGUCAGCGCUUAAGGGACGAACUGAGAGAUGCUAAUGAGGAAAUUACCAUAAUGAAAGAUCAACUUGCUGCAGCACAAUCGCGUCCCGUCGUCACUACGGACACUGGAUCAUCAGCUCCUUCAUCAGUGCGUUCGAGCACUGCGACCUCGGUUUCUGAGGACAAUCUCCUUGGUGUUCUCACCCCGCCCGACCUCUGCUUGUCCGACCUCUCGCCUGGAGCGGAGAGUCUUCCGAAGAUACCAUCCUUGUAUGCUACACCACGAGCGAUCAAGUCUCCUAGCACUCCUGCUACAGGGCAAUCCAAUCUAUUUAAACGCUCCGGCUAUCACCCCAUACGAUCGGCGCUCGCUACACCUCCCAACACAGCUUCGCCCUCUCUUUCUCGCUCGAGCACAGUGCCUUCGUUUUCGAGUACGCCGACCCGUCUGCCACCUAAGACACCUGUGUCUCGCCCCACUGCGAAUCGAAAUGCUUCCACAACAAGUUCUUCUAGCGUCGCAGGUGUUGUUCCCGUUACGGUAUCCAAGAGCAAGGGUGUACAAAUGGUAUCCGAGAUGAGAGCUCGCGUGAAAGUAUUGGAGCAGAAAAUCCACACGCGCGUGCCUAGAUUGCGUAUGGGUAGCGUCACCAAUAGAGCUAGCGCAAAUGCAAUGUUACCCCCGCCUCCACCACCACCAAAGGCAGGUCCUUCAUCUGCUGCUGCGUCACCUGCUCCCUCCACAUCGUCCAUGCGAUCAGUCAAUGACGAGCGAACAAGUAACAUGAAGCCAAGAAGGCAGAGCAUUGAUUCAGAAGGCGAGCACAAGCGAACACCAGUUGGGGAUUCUUCCGGAUGGGUGCUGAUCAUGGAAGACUCGCCUUCACCUGUCAGAGACAAGGACAAGGAACGAAGACGAACGUCCAGCCCCUCUGCGCCUUCAGCGUUUCGUCCAAUAGGUUCCGCUCCUCAUGAAUCGCCAUCAGCUAUCCCGAGAGCUCCCAGCGCAUUGUCUCAGAGCAUCAUGCCGUCUGGUAGUCACAGACCACAAUCUCGUCUAUCUGUUUCCACGGAAGGACGGAGUAGUGUCAGCACAAAUGCUACAACAAGCACGACUAGCUCCAUUCCAACUCCAUCGUCCCGUCCCUCUACUCCGACGUUCCUGCCUAUCCCCACUUAUGGCGGUGCGGCAACAGGAUUGAAGCUGUCGACAGGUCCUUCCGUCUCAUAUUCGCAAUUGAAACGUUCGUCACUUGGCAAUGGUUCCACAAGGUCACCAGCAACAUCCAGUCCAAAUUCGCUACCUCCCGCUCCUCACUCUAAUGUGACUGUGCGACUGCCAUCGAAGAUUGCAGUACCUGGGUCCUUGUCACAAAGUCGAAUAGGCAGACCGGUCAUGAGUGGUCGUCGAAGCGUUGGGGAGUCUCCUGCAGACAUUUUUCUUGAUGUAAAUGGGAAAGGGGUCACUAGAGAUGCGUCACGAGCGAGGUCUGGGAGUGCAGCAGUACCGACAGGUAGAGGUGGUCCGUAA